UGUGAGAUGGGGCUCAAAGAGGAGAAAUUCUAGGGGGAAAGGGGGCCUAGAGCUAUCUCCAUCUUCAGCUCCAGAGUUUCUGGUUUCUGUUCAAGGACAAAUGGCACAGCAUAUCUUCCAAGAUCAAGAACAGAGGACCUCCAGGCAGCAGAAUAGAAAAUCCACUGAUGACACAAUGAAACCAAAGGAAAUACAGCUAACAAUCACCGAAGCCCUGUGGGACCAAGUGUUAAUGGCUUUUAGGGAUAUACAAAAGGAGCUGCAGGAAGAUGCUCGGAUUCGAGGGAUGAGCAACUGCUCCACAACACUCAGGUCAUCUACAUCUGGGACUGGAGACAUGUCUUGAAAGAAGUUGCUGUGGCCAACGUUGGAGAGGUUACUG